UUCGUUAACGGCAGGUUUGACCGAUUAACCAAGGCGUCAAUGAAUUAACGGAAUUUUAACUGCUAAUUUCUGACAUUUCUGUUAAGAAUGCCUUAAUCAACUAGCAAUUGUUAGCUAAUAAAUAACAUGUUUUGAACAAAUGGAAUACGUGAUUUACGUGUCGCUUUAAUUUUACGAAGGAAAAUAAAUAAAAUUUGAAGUUGAUCUCCAAGAAAAACAACAAAUGUGCGAUUCAAGACGAGGCUGUUUGAACGCACUUACAUAUAAGUCAAGAUGAGUGACACAGGUAGCGUUGGUGAUGAACCCCCAGCAAAGAGAUUAAAAACUGACAACGAUGGCACAGCACCCCCCAGCCUGGCCUCAAUCCCAGUUCCUGUGACUGGUCUAAAUCUAGGACCCCAGUUUUCUGUAGAGACUGACUCUACUGGUGCUCAAGUAAAAGUUCAGUCUCACCAGAAACCAGUAGCCGUGGUAACUUCUGGCAAUAUACGACCCACCUUGCUGAUUCCGAACUCACAGAGCGAUACUACAAAGCAUCUAUCUAGUGUUUGGACAACCACAGAUGGGAAAGCAGUGACUUUACAGUUUGCAUCUCCUACUCUCAUCCCAUCCAAGUCCCCAUGUGGGCAGUCCCCAGCCUCCUCCCCAAGGUUUCCAGUUCCUCAGGUCAUCACUUUACCUGCAAAGACCAGUCCUGCCCCAACAACAGCUAAACCAGUCUCUCUUGUUAACCCCAGUGCAGGCCAGAAGCCUUUUUCUAUAGUGACGUCAGUGGGUGAGCCAAUCAAAGGGGUACCUGUCACAACUCAAAUCAGCUUUACUAUGCCUGCAUGGAACACGCCUGGGAAAUCAUUAUUGGACACGUCCAAAGUGUCCCUUGUGAAUGUGAAUAUCAGUUUACCUGAGACGACCACAAGGUCCUUACUUAAUAGUACCAGUAAUAUAAAUGAUAAUGGCGGGGCUGCACAGUUGUCAAGUACUUCUAAAAUAGUUCCAUCAGUUGGCAAUGAAAGUGCUGUAAAGGUUUCAAACACUCAUAAAGCUAGUCUGCCUGUUACAUCAACCAUUCCACCAAAAGUGAUUUUUACUACAAUGGGUUCUAACGUGGCAAGUGUUCAAAAAACGAUAUAUUCUGGUCCUUCUACUGUUACAUCAAAGACAUAUAUUACUGGAAAUAAAAUGUUUGGGAACCUAGCAGGUGGACAGGUCAUAACUACACCAACUGGGGUUGUGGUUACUAGACCGGCUGCAAAAAUAAAUAAAGGCAAUGUUUUAAUCAGCAACAAACAGUUUACUAUAGUUCCAGGUGUGCCUGGCUCCAACCCAGUAAUGACACAGCUGGUAAAAACAGACACCAAAAUUAACAAGGGCCAGGUCACAAUGGCCGAGGCUCAAAUAAUGUUGCCUUCUGGUCCUGCUAAAAUCUCAUGGCCAGUUCCAUCGCAAAUGAAUACAACACAGGCCUCAUCAGAUACCAAACAGAUCUUAAUCAAAACGCAUGCACAACCGUUACUGAAAGGUAAGACCUUGAUAACAACAACUCGGCCAAAUUCAUCUGUUCAGUCAGUAACCAUAGCAGCAACGUCUGGGUCACCUGCGGCAACAGCUAAGCUAAUUGGUGUGAGUCCUUCCAAAGGCAAUGGAAAAACAAGUGUGCUUCCAGCACAGAAAAGCUGGGAACUUGUUAAACAGUCACCACAAUUAAAUCCAAAUUUUAAAAAUACUCCUGUAGCUAAUCCUAAAGAUUCUAAGAAUUCUAACGGUAAAACUGCAGAAAAGGUUGCUGCAGAAUCAAAGAAUGAAAGUGCUGAAAUUAAAGCUAAAUCAUUGAAUGGAAAAACACCACAAAAGAACAAUGGUAAUAGCCAAAGUAGUGAUGCAAGUAGUAAUGGAAAACAAGCACCUCAGCCAGUGCAGAAAGCUAAUGUAACUGAGAAAGAGAAAAACGAUGGAACAGAAAAGGUCAAUGAGGUCGACGAUAUUGAUGGGGGGCAUGAUAAUAUUAAUGCCAAUACAAGACUAGAGGCAGCUUCAAACAAAACAGAUGCAGAAAAUGAACAUUCCAACGAUAGUAUUACAGAUAAAGAUGAUGGUAAAAACCAUCAACAAGAGGAGACUGAUGCAGAUCCUGAAAACUGCUUUGUAAAUGUUGAGGUUCACGAUGAGGUGACAGACUCGCUGGAGUGUGAUGAGACAUUGGACACCAGUGAGGAACAGGAGUCCAUGGAGACCUCAAACAUGGAGAUCUCUCGCACAGAGACUAAGGAGGAGCACAUUGUGCCCAAGGGAAAACACACAGCUGGUAGCACACCAGUGAAAUCAGAAGUUAGCAACAAAGAUGAGAUUGUGCAGUGUGAGAAUUGCGGAGAUUAUGGAUUUAUUACUGACUUUGUAAAGGGAGGAAAGUUCUGUAAUCAGACAUGCCUCGAUGCAUUUGAUGGAAGACACAUGCGCGAUGUAAAGAAACCAGGAAAUAUGUCUAAGGUCAUACUUGGUAUUAAAAAGGGGCGCAAGAAACAUUUGAUAAUGAAGGAGGAUAAAGAAAAGGAAGAAAAGAAAGAAAAUGAUCAACAAGACAAACAGCAAGAUCACAACAGCUAUGGCAAAAAGUCAAAGUCGUUUGUAUGGACGCGAUACCUUCUUCAAGAAAAGGCCGUCGAGGCCCCAGCGAGACUAUUCAAGAACCCUUUUCCAUCAGCCAAAAACCUCUUCCGAGUCGGACUAAAACUUGAAGGAGUCGAUCCCAACCAUCAGUCAAAAUUCUGUGUUCUCAGCGUGGCAGAAGUGUGUGGCUACAGAGUGCGGUUGCACUUUGACGGAUAUUCUGAAUGCUAUGAUUUUUGGACUGAUAUCGACUCGCCAUAUAUAUUUCCCAUUGGGUUUUCGGAAAAGAAUGGGAAGGUAUUGCAGCCUCCAAAAGGGAUUUCAAUGGAACAGUUCUCCUGGGUGCCAUAUUUGAAAAUGACCAAAUCACAGCCAGCUCCUAAAUCUUUAUUUUCUAACCAACCUGUGACUGCUGUAACCCCCAACAUAUUCCGAGUGGGCAGCAAGCUUGAGGCUGUUGACAAAAAGAACUCUUCACUGAUCUGUGUAGCAAGUGUGGCCGACAUCAUGGGAGACAAGGUGCUCAUCCACUUUGACAGCUGGGCGGACAACUACGACUAUUGGUGUGAUAUGUCCUCACCCAUGAUACACCCCAUAGGUUACUGUGAAGAGAAUGGACUGGUCCUCUCUCCUCCCCAAGACUGGACUGAUGUGAGUGGGUGGACAUGGGAGCAGUAUCUCACCAAGACCAAGUCUCAGGCUGUACCACCCCGGGCAUUCAAACCUAGACAGCCUGUAGCGUUUGAGGCAGGCAUGAAGGUGGAGGUGGUAGACAAGCGCAACCCGUUGCUGGUGAGGGUCGCCACGGUGACAGAGACGGACGAGUUCCAGGUGAAGAUCCACUUUGACGGCUGGGCGGACCAGUAUGACUAUUGGCUGGAGGACGACUCGCCUGAUAUACACCCACCAGGCUGGUGUGCCAAAACUGGACAUCCUCUUGUGCCUCCCAUCACUCCCAGUGACCUAGUUGUGAACUCCGGCCCUGGCAUCUGCCCUACCUCUGGCUGUAAAGGCAUCGGUCAUAUCAAGGGACCAAAGUACUCCGGGCACCAUAGCACAUUUGGCUGCCCGUAUUCUGAGCUGAACAUGCACAAGGAGGUUUCAGUCAGCGACAGACUGGGAACCCCAGGGAAAGAGGAUAUGACCUCCAUUUCCAGGCCACAUGACCUCACAGGCUCACCAGAGACAGGUGGCUACAAAGUAACUGUUAAAUCUCCACAUAUGAAAACUGAAAAGAGGGGCAGGAAGCCAAAGAGUUAUUACCAGGCCUUGGAGGAUCAGAAACAGGCCUCAGAGCGUCAACAAAUGGAAUGUGAAAACAAUCUGCGGCAAGGUAUCCACAACUCUGUGUUCUCAUCCUCCAUGAUUUCUGCUCCGAAACCAGACGUGCCAUUGUGCUGGGAACAACACUGCAAGCUGCUGCCGGGGGUGACCAACAUCAGUGGAAACGAUGUCAACAAGUGGACUAUAGAGCAAGUGGCUGCCUUCAUUAACACACUACCUGGCUGCGAAGAGCAAGCUAAACUCUUCAAAGAGGAGCAAAUUGACGGUGAAGCAUUUCUGUUACUCACCCAAACGGACAUUGUUAAAAUCAUGAACAUCAAGUUGGGCCCGGCAUUGAAGAUAUUCAACAGCAUCAUCAUGUUCAAGAACUCCAUUCAAGUGUAGAUUUCCAGAAAUCCUCUAUAACUGUGGUGAUAUGUUGCAAAAUGUGUGCUUUAUUCUCAUGCCAUGUGAUUUUAGUAUGUGAUUGUGUUACCAGAAAUGUCUGGCAUUGAUGUACAAUUGUAAUUAUUAAUUGUUGAAGUGACUGUCGCAUCGUUAAGAUGACUAAAUGUGCUGAACUUUGUUUUCUGAUAGAUUUUUUACUUGAAUUGUAUUUAGCAUUUCCGAAAUGUUUGGCCUAUCUAGAAUGUUAAAAUAAUUUUCUUACUAAUACCAGGCUGUCAACUGAUAACAAUAUUUCUAUAAGUCUGUAUAUUUGAUAAAAAUCCUUCUCCUCAAACUCCUCCUAUCUUUCCGACAUGUUCCUAUAUUUCUGAAAAAAAAUCUGUAUUUUUGCCAUAAUUGGUGCUUAACCUAUCAACAGUCCUAUGAGAAUGCGAAGAAUCUGUAUGCUAAAAAUAUUCUUCCUUGCUUCUCUGGCAUCAACCUAACAUUCAGUGUUUGGUUAAGCAACACAAUUUACCGGAAUCCAAAUAUAUUUAACUGAAUCCACUUAAUAUAUUUUACGGAAUCCACUUAUAUUUACAGGAAUCAACUGCAUUUUGACAGAGUAUUUAUGAGUUCAUGUUCAGCAACACUUUUGUUUAUUGAAAUAUAAGCUGUAUAAGGUUUAUUAAAUAGGAUAGUAUAUCAAACUUGAAAUAGUAUAUUUACUGUAACAUUUUUAUAGGUUGCCUUAACUGCUGACUCGAAAUGACCUACUGGUACAAAUACAAAUAUUUCAAAACUGUAUCUGUAUUUUCUAUGGAACUGGAGAAACUAAAGUACUGUUCAGCAUAUUUAUUCACUAUACUUACAUUUAAUUAAAAAUAAUACAAAUCUAGCUUUUAUGGUUGAGGUAAAUAAUUGACAAGUUUUAUUAGAAAUGUACUGUCUUAAGAAAAUAAAACCUCUAUUUCAACAGCUUUAUCUGUUUUAAUGGGGUAAAAGUUCAGCAUUCAUCAUUUAUUAUCCAGGUGGUCUAUGUUCAACAUUUCUGCCUAAUUUUUAAGAAAAACAAAUAUUUAAAAAAAAUGUUUUGGCAUCUUUUUUCUUGCUGAAUUGUAACUGCUUUUAGGUGUUUGAAGUAAAAAAAUAGUUCUACUUUAUGAGGAGUGAUGUUUCCUGCAAAAGUUCUUAUGGGAAUGUAUAGGUACAUUUUAAUGUCAAAACUUCCAAAAUCAGAUUCACAGGCAUGUUAAUUCCACUUCAGUGUUCAAGUGUUUAUGAAAGCUCCAACUUUGCUGGAGGCUGAGUAUAAGCUACAUAUUGUCAAUAAUGUUACAAAUUAAAUCACAUGAAUUACAAAUAUUUCCUCGAUAAACAUUCUACAAACAUUUCCAGUUAGAGAAAAAAUGAUGUCCCUAAAAUCAUGAAGUCUAAUGUGUUUUUUUAUUGAUCAUUAAUAUGUGUUAUUAAAAAAAGAAAUGUUUGUUAAGUUUAUUAAUCUUCUAUUAAUUAUUAAUGGUUAGCACAUUUGGACUGCAGGUAUUCUGUUUACAGGAACAGUUUGUGCAUGACAAUUGGGACUGGUUUGUAACAUUCAUGCAUGCAGUCCGAUUUAAAUUUAUGCCAUACCACAGCUGCAUGCUUCUCUGCUCAUAUAUCUUGCAUAUCAUGGAGAUGUGUAGAUGUGAGAGGUUCACUGAUUCUUAACCAGAAGUUUAUAAUGUGUGUCAAACAAAAGCAGUCAGUUGCUUGGUUCUUGUUAGUACCCUACCAGUGUACAAGUAACCAGAGGGUUACUAUAGCUUUACCCCUCGUCUGUCCUGUUUCCUUUUUGAGCCAGAAUCUGGAUGCUGUGAUUACUUAAAGAGUAGGUAAGCUAGGUUGAUGUAACUUAGUGCAAUGUAUGGGGAUAUAUUGCAAACUGGUAAAUAUGCACGUUACCAGUUUUCCCUUGUGUUUUUUUUCAUCAGAAAAAAAAUAGGUUGCUAUGAUGACAGAAAUAAUUGAAAGAUAAAAUGUGCAUCCUGCACAAAUAAUCAGUACUUUAGUAAAGUUACUGAAACUGAUGAAGAUUCUGUUCUUACUCAUAACAUGAAUCCAGUGGGACUGAUGUUUUGUCUAUUAAAUCUAGCUGUAAAAGGUCGACUGGCUUUUGUUACUGUUUUUGUUAGAUGUUUUGAUUUGAUUCAUAGUGCAAUGACUAUAAAUAAACGGUAAAAAGAUG